GACGCAGCGCACAUCUGCACCUCAGCGCAAGGAGUGGUCAGUCAGAGCCAACAGGUGGGCCCGUCUCUACAGCUGCAGUCACGCUUCAUCCACAGGAUACCUACCGCGUUUUCUCUCCGGUAAACUAACACAUACAGCUGCGAAAUGCCAAAGUGCCCAAAGUGCCUGAAGGAGGUUUACUUCGCCGAGAGGGUGACGUCACUGGGCAAGGACUGGCACAGGCCCUGUCUGAAGUGUGAGAAGUGCAAAAAGACACUGGCGGCCGGCUCACAUGCAGAGCAUGAAGGCAAGCCAUACUGUCACAAACCCUGCUACAGUGCACUGUUUGGACCCGGAGGAUUUGGUCAUGGUGGAGCCGAGAGCCACAAGUAUUAAUAGACAGGUUCAAUGUUGCCCGGAAACUAGAUUGAAGAAGCCAGCACUGCUCCCGAGUCCCAAUAAAAACCGGCAAACAAACUGUGCUCUCAUCCAGAAGAGACAUUUUGUGUGUGUGUGUUUUUAUUUUAUUGUUGUUUUUACUUCUGGUUUCUGAAGAUCAUUGUGUAUCAUUCCCAUGAUAUAGUAAUGAAGUGGUUCUCCUUAAGGACAUUCUGAUUAAACUUUUUAAAUUUGU